AUGGCGCCGAGAAGAGGAAAGCGUCGACCUGCCGCCAGAGCGGCUCCGGCCGUCGCUGAGCCCGAACCAGAACCGCAAGCCGGCCCAUCUCGGUCCCCAUCGGCAAGAUCGCUCAGCUCCGAGACCUCGUCGCUGCGGAAGGGCAAGGCUAAGGCUACCGAUGCCGGGGUGAAUGGCUCUGCUGUCGCUCAUGUCAGCGUGGAGGAUUCCGCCCCUGACCCUGUCGCUCCUCCGGAUCAGGCCGACGAUGAUGACGACAGCGAGGAAGAUGAAGAGGAGGAGGAGGAGGAGGAUGUCGAUGGGGACGAUGCGGAGAGCGAAGGAGAUGAGGACGAGGAUGACGACGACGAUGAGGACGAAGAGGAAGAAGAAGAUGAUCCACCUGCUACAUUACAUGACCAGAUAGCGGCAGCUGGUCAGGUGGCUGAAGAUGAGGAGGACGACGACGACGACGAAGAAGAAGAAGUCGACGACGAAGAAGUAGAAGACGAAGACGAGGCUGAGGAAGACGACGAAGAAGAUGACGACGAUGAUGAUGAGGAUGAGGAGCCUGUCCUCAAAUACUCUCGGCUAGAGGGAAGGAUACCGGAGCUGCUAGGCCGCGACAGCGCCACAGCAAUAGACGUCUCGCCCAGAGUGAUCGCCAUUGGAACACAAAUGGGCAUGGUUCACGUCCUGUCGUACGGUGGAGCCAAGGUUAACUCGUUCCGACCUCACGCCGCCAACGUCACUGCUCUCCGACUCGAUGAGGACAACGACUUCGUGGCAACGGCCAGCAUGGAGGGCCGGGUUGUCAUCCACUCCCUCACCAGCACCGAGUCGUACGCCUUCGACUACAAGCGCCCCAUGAACGCCAUUGCGCUAGAACCCGGGUUCGCGAAGAAGAACACGCGAGCCUUUGUCUGCGGCGGCAUGCUCGGCAACCUCGUCCUCCAGGAGAAGGGGUGGUUAGGGUACCGCGAGCAGGUGCUGCAUUCUGGCGAGGGGCCGAUCUGGGCGAUCGAGUGGCGCGGUAACCUCAUCGCAUGGGCCAACGACCUCGGCGUCAAGAUCUAUGACACGGCAUCGGGACAGAGGAUAGGCUAUAUCGAUCGCGGGGCACACGCACCCCGCGCCGAGCUGUUCAAGUGCACCCUCAUGUGGAAGGACGACCACACGCUCGUCAUCGGAUGGGCUGAGUACGUCAAGAUCGUGCGGAUCCGCAGCCGGCCAAAGCCGCAGCCCGGCGUUCCGCCACUCACCAUCGAGGUCUCGUCAGUGUGGGAGGUGGAUUGCAUGGUAUCCGGCUUGACCCCGUACCAGUCGUCGGCAUACAUCAUGCUCGCCUACAUCCCCCCAGAUACCUACGACAACGAGGCGACGCAGGAUCGGGCUGAGCAACGGCGCAAGGCGGCCAACCGGCCCGAGGUUCGCAUCAUCCGCCAUGGCGACGAGAUUGCCGCAGACGAGCUCGCGGUCCCCGCGUUCGAGCGGUACAGCUGCAACGACUACACAUUAAUCCAGUCGCAGCGGCAGGACGACGUCGGUGUCUCGCUUGUGCUCACACCACAAGACAUUAUUGUUGUGCGGCCGCGCGACGAGGCGGACCACAUCGACUGGCUUGUCGAGCGCGAGCGCUUCCAGGAGGCGUUGACGGCAGCGGAAGCGCUGAGAGAUAAGCACGGUGGCGCCUCUGACGUGCAGGCCAUCGGGCGCAAGUACAUGGAGCACCUCGUGGAAGCUGGCAACUACGAGCAGGCAGCUACCCUCGCGCCAAAGGUCCUGGGCGAGGAUGUUGGCAACUGGGAAAAAUGGAUCUACUCGUUUGUGCAGCAGCACAAGCUGCCAGCCAUCAUCCCGUACAUCCCAGUGUCCAAUCCUCAGUUGUCAAAAGCGGUCUACGAGAUGGUUCUUGGACACCUGCUUGUGAACGACAAGGGCACCCUACUCGAAACGGUCAAGGUCUGGCCUAUCGACAUCUACGACAGCGCUGCUAUUAUUGGUGCGGUCCAGAGCGAGCUCGAGGCGACCAAGGACGACCCUGUGCUACUUGAGGUCAUGGCUGAGAUCCACCUCCGACGGAGCCAGCCUGCACGAGCACUGCCCUACUACCUCCGCCUGCGCAAGCCCCAUGUGUUCGACCUCAUCCGCGAGCACAACCUCUUCGAUGCCGUCCAGGAGCAGGCGCUCCUGCUCGUCGAGUUUGACCGGGCGAGAAUAAAGGCAGAUCCCAAGGCCCCUGUGGAGGGCAAGCACGGCGCUGCAAUCCAACUGCUCGUGGACCACACUCUGUCCAUUCCUGUCGACCGCGUGGUCCAGCAGCUCGAACCGAAGCCGCAGUUCUUGUACAUGUAUCUCGACGCCUUGUUCGCCAAGGACCCGCAGGCAUGCCAGCAGUACAGUGAUCGGAUGGUUGAGCUCUACGCCACGUACGAUCACGACCGCCUCAUGCCGUUCCUUCGGGCCAGCAAUUUCUACGACCUGGAGCGGGCGCUCCGGAUAUGUGAAGCACACGACUUUGUCCACGAGACCGUGUUCCUUCUUGGCCGGAUGGGCGACAACCUGAAGGCGUUGAAUCUGAUCAUUGAACGCCUAGGGGACGUCCGCUUGGCCAUUACGUUUGCCGAGGAGCAGAGAGAUGACGACCUAUGGGAAGCGCUCAUUACGCAUUCAGAGACGAGACCAGACUUCAUCCGCGCACUGUUGGAACAUGGCGGCGCCGAGAUCAAACCGGUCCGUCUCAUUGAGAGGAUCAAGGAGGGCCUCGAGAUCCCUGGACUCAAGCCUGCGCUGGUCAAGGUUCUGCAGGCAUCCAACUUGCAGGUCUCACUUCUUGAAGGGUGCCAACGGAUUCUAAAUGGAGACUGCAACGCCCUGGCUGUGAGGCUCCAGGCCGGGCAAACCAAAGGUAGUCACGAGAUUGAAACUGCCACCUGCGAGAUAUGCGGCAAGCUUGCCUUCCCGCCGACAACUUCUGCGGAAGCACCCUUGGCUUUGAUUUACUUGUGCCGCCACUUGGUUCAUGCCUCAUGUGCUGUGCUAAACGACGACAUCGAGCUUCCCGAGCGGCCGGAGAACUCGGCAGUGACACACCUGCUUCUAGCCGACAAGCCUAUGGGCGGCGGUACGCGAGUAGCGCAGCAGCGGGCGCUCGGAGCCAAGCUGAGCUACGAAGCCAUGGUGCGUGUCCGCGUCGGUCCGUGCCCCGUGUGCAAGCACCGGCGUGAGGGCGGCGGCAGUGGCCGUUUCAGCAGCAGCGUCGUCGUCACCACCACGACGUCGACAACUCUUGUCAUGGCCUAGUGUCUAUGUAUAUGCAUAG